UGCUAAGGAACUUGAUAAUUUUAAGCAUGUUAACCAGUAAUCAUCUCACUUCUACUGUAGCACUGGAUAAAACUGUCAGAAUCCUGAGUACUACAGCUGGAGGUCUGGUAAGGACGGGAAAACUACGAAAUCCUGAAUCUAAUGAUAGAACAGUCUCUUCAUUCACAUUAUGCUUCAGAUCUGACUUGACAGUCCUAGAUGACACUAAAGUGUUUGGGUUUGCUGAUGAUGUUCUUAUCAUUGGUCUCAGAACAAUGUGGCCAGAUAUUUUUUUCAGUUUUUUAACAACUUCCUACCUUCUCCCCUUUAGUUGGGAGAUUUUUGCUUGGUCCUCAAUAUGUCUCAGUUUUGCAAAUUCCACUGGUAUACUCAACUUAGUUAAAGAUGGAGAGAUUAUGAAAUUAGAAAAUCAGGAUCCUUUAAUGUUAAAGACGAACUCCCUCACCAGAUUAGCAAUUCUAAAGAGCUUCAGGAUUGGUCAGUACGCUGAGGAUAGAAAUGGAUUCUCUGGAAGUAUCGCUGAUUUAAAUAUCUGGGAUAGGGAAAUAUCUUUGGAGCACAUGAUAAGAUGGACCAAAUGCCAGAGUACUGAGGAGGGUACCCUUCUAUCCUGGUCUAACAGUCAAUGGGAAUUAAAAGGUUAUGAGGAGACCAACAGUACCUUCUCCCAACUCUGUCAUUCUGUUGAAAGCCAGGAACUGAUCUUCCUGACUAAAUCAAGUUAUAAUCAGGCCAAUCAUAUCUGCAGAAACUUCAACGCCGAAGCAGAGGUUUGUGAGAACGAGGAGACCCAGAGAAGGAUGACAGCUGGGAUGGUUUUACAUCCAGAGUGUGAGGGUAGAUUCUGGUGUGGGAUAGAUGACUUGGAGGAGGAGGGUACUUGGGCCAAUGUAAACACAGGAAACACAAUCGGAAACUUUCGUCCGUGGGGUACAGGGGAACCUAAUGGUCUCUUGCAAGAAAAUUGCGUUGAAACUAGAAUAACAUUAAAAGAAGAUUCUCCCAGCUACCUAUGGAAUGAUGCUAACUGUGAGAAAAGUCAGCGAUGUUUUUUCUGCCAGCUUCCUCAAGAACCGGUUCUACAUCUUAGGGGGGUUUCAUCGUGCGAUUCAAACUACUUUGAUAUAAAGUACAAGAGAUCAUCUUCCCUCUCCGGAAAUAAAUAUAUACUAAGUGGGUAUACUGGGUCAGAAAUCACUUGGAAUGAAACAGGGAGAUCAUGGAUUUUGACCUCCAGGACUAAAGAUCCUGAAGUUUAUGGGACAUUCACCCAUUUGGUAUCCCAGUACCCAUUCGGGAGACAUCAAUGGAAGUUUUUCAACCCUCAUUGUUUGGAGGAAAACCUGAAAACCCUCCACCUGACAGCCUGUGGUCCAGACAACUUUAACUGCAACGACGGCACAUGUGUCAGUUUAUCCCAGAGAUGUAAUCUUGAAAUGGAUUGUCCAGACAGGAGUGAUGAAAUGGACUGUACAUUUCUUGAUAUUCCUAGAUGGUAUUUGCCGGAUAUAAAACCACCGCCAUUAAAGAAGGAACAAAAAACUAAGAAUGAGAUUGAAGUUCGAGUAUUUGUUCUUCAAAUCCUAGAUAUCGACAUUGUCAAGCUUACUUUCCAAACUCAGUUUAGGUUGGAUAUGCACUGGUAUGAUUCUCGGUUGUCUUUCCGAAAUCUCAAGUCAGACCAGUUUAAUAACUGGGUAACUCAGAAUGAAUUUAAAUCUAUCUGGGUUCCAACAAUCAAGUUCCAGAACACAGAAUCCCUCCUCACAACUAUUAACGAUAACAAGGCCUCUGUGACGAUAAAGAAACUAGGAAAUCAGACAACAAACAAUUUGGAAACACUGGAAAACUAUGUAACCUUCUCUGGAAGUGAGAACAAGCUGAUGGUCUCCAGAACCUACAAUAUCAAGUUUAUCUGCAAUUAUAAUCUUAGAUGGUACCCGUUCGAUUCACAGAUCUGUAGCAUGAACCUGACUCUCGUCAAAUCGGAAGAUUCAAACUUUUUAGAACUUGUGAUACUUGAUGAUAUGAAGAACCUAGUUCCUGUGGAGGUAUCCCAGUAUCUGAUCAGAGAAAUCAACGUCAAAUAUGAUACUUUUGAAAACGGAACCAGAGGAGUAGUUGUACAGUUUGUGAUGGGAAGAAUGAUAAUAAGUCAGGUUAUGACUAUCUAUAUUCCCACCUUGUUGAUAAUAAUGGUUUCCUACCUAACAACGUUCUUCAACAACUCAAAAUGGUUCGGACACAUUAUAACGAUCAACCUAACGGCUAUGUUAGUGCUGACAUAUAUUAUUCCUAGGAUAUGUUAG